AUGGUGGAGGCUUGGAGGGCGCAGCACAGUGAGCACCGUACACCGACCAAAGGUGGCAUCCGUUACGCGGAAGACGUAUGCGAGGACGAAGUGCGUGCCCUGUCUGCUCUGAUGACAUACAAAUGCUCCGUGGCUGAUGUGCCAUUCGGCGGUGCCAAAGGAGGCGUGAAGAUUGAUCCGAAGAAGUACACGGAAUACGAAAUCGAAAAAAUCACUCGCCGCAUUUCGGUUGAAUUUGCCAAGAAAGGCUUCUUAGGCCCCGGCGUCGACGUGCCGGCGCCGGAUAUGGGAACCGGUGAACGAGAGAUGGGGUGGAUCGCAGAUACGUAUGCGCAGACGAUUGGGCAUCUCGAAAACGAUGCUUCUGCUUGCGUCACGGGAAAACCGAUCGUCGCAGGAGGUAUUCAUGGACGAACAUCGGCCACUGGACGAGGAGUGUGGAAGGGAUUGGAAGUGUUUCUAAACAAUGACGAGUACAUGUCGAAAAUUGGGAUGUCACCAGGAUUCCAAGGAAAAACAUUCAUCGUACAGGGAUUCGGGAAUGUAGGCUUACACACGACUCGUUAUUUCCACCGAUCGGGAGCCAAAUGUAUUGGUGUGCAGGAGUUGGAUUGUUCGAUCUACAAUCCGGACGGUAUUCAUCCACGCGAACUUGAGGAUUAUCUCAUCGAACACGGCACUAUUAAGGGAUAUCCAAAAGCCAAAGCUUACGAGCCACACACAGACCUCAUGUACGAGCAAUGUGAUAUUCUGGUGCCGGCAGCAUGCGAGAAAGUCAUCCACAAAGGGAAUGCCGGGAAAAUCAAAGCCAAGGUGGUUGCAGAAGCAGCAAACGGUCCGACCACACCAGCAGGAGAUAAAAUAUUGCUGGCGCGUGGCGACUGCCUCAUUGUUCCGGAUCUGUUCGUCAAUGGCGGCGGUGUUAUUGUCUCGUACUUUGAAUGGUUGAAGGAUUUGAAUCAUGUGAGCUAUGGACGUCUCACGUUCAAGUACGAAAAGGACUCCAAUUAUCACUUAUUGGAUAGCGUGCAGGAAUCGCUGAAACGGUCGCUACACAAGGAUAUCAAGAUUGAGCCGACCGUUGAAUUCAAAAAUCGUAUAUCGGGCGCCUCCGAGAAGGACAUCGUGCAUUCUGGGCUGGAGUAUUCUAUGCAGCGUUCCGCUCAAGCAGUGAUCGAUACGGCACACAAAUACAACUUGGGCUUCGAUAUUCGCACCGCAGCCUAUGCAAAUGCAAUUGAGAAGAUUUAUAGGACGUACAGAACGCUAGGAUUUACUUUCACGUGA